AUGGAUAGAAAAUCUGCUAGAAUAAAAGCAGAGUUGCAAAGAUAUGGUUGGAGAGUUUCGAAGAAUUUUAAAUAUAGGAAGGGAAGACCCAUAAAAGUCUAUGACAAAUUGUCUGGUCUUCGCUACGAAAUGGACUUAGAAACAGCACGCGCAAAUUAUCCAAACAGACUAGAGAGGUUAGAAGAAGAACGUCUUAUGGACAUGCCUUUCGAUGUUAGUGAACCUCAAGUUGAAGGACACGACGGCUUUGCCAGAUUCUACUGGAAACAUGACGAACAAUUGCAUCCUUUGAGAAGGAAAAAAGGAAAAGGUGAAGACGCACAUGCUCCCAUGGAAAGAACAAGAUAUGCAUAUGAAAAGUAUC